GGCAGCGCGCAGCACAGACAAGAAGCCAACAUCGACGCGCGACACCACACUCACAUUAUGCUGGGGGUAUGUGUUAAAUCAAGGUGAAAGCGAGAUUGAUCAUCUCAUUCCUCCUUUGAAUAUAAAGAGUUGAUGAUAGCCCAACGGAUGGCAAGCCAAGCGCCCAGUCCGUCCAUGGCAUUGACUUAAACGUACUGCAAAACUACAGCCCGCAUCGCAGCCAAUUCUCCUCUUGCCGCCUCAACUUGCGCUCCUAACGCGUUUUAUGGAGGCUAAGCCGUACUCCUCUCCUUAUUGAAAGACGCAUUUAUUGCAAGCCCCGAUUGUCGACCUCAUCGGAAGACCACUCAUCUCACUCUUUUUUUGAAAGAUGGCGUUCAUCGCAAAAGACUGGCCGCUCCCAAGGGGCAUCUAUGGUGAUAUCACCAGCACAUUGUACUGGUGUGAAGAAAAAUUUCGAUGGAGCAAAUACGUCGCAGAGCCGAUCAACACCUUCACCAAUGGCUUCUUCGUUCUGCUCAGUAUAUACGGAGCAAUACAGGUCAAGCGAGAGCGACUUCUGGACAGAUUCUUUUGGUGCCAGCUUGGAAUCACUCUCGUUGGGAUUGGCAGCGCACUUUUUCACGGCACGCUGAAGUAUGAAGCCCAACUAUUAGAUGAGCUACCGAUGAUCUACGUCUCCGCGCUCAACACCUAUGUGGUCCUCGAGACAUCCCGGCGCGGCGCGCCCGCGCGGUACGGCGUUCUCCUACCUGCUAGCCUCUUUGCGCUGGUCCUCUUCAUCACCGUUGCGUAUGCAAUCAACAAUAACCCAGUCUUCCAUCAAGUCGCAUAUGCAUCGAUCCAGGCCGCGAGCACAAUCCAGGUGGUGUAUCUGCUCAACUCGAAGAGCUCCCCCCUGGCGAAGGCAACACAGAUAGAGGAGUCUGCUGCAGCGGCAAGCUCGCGGAUGACAACAAGGAGUGGGAGCGCGAAAGCCAAUGGUGCAACAAAUGGCGCAGCGAAUGACAGUGCAAAAGCCAGUGCUGGGAUGUCUCGCGAUAAUGCUACCGCGAUUGCUGGACCUGCUCGUCUACGUGAGGCACGGAGGCUCUACACGCUCGGAGCCAUCGUCUUCAUGACGGGUUUCGCCAUUUGGAACGUGGAUAACAUAUACUGCUCCUUCCUCCGAAGCACGCGCAACACACUUCGCGCCCAUGGCUUGGGGUUUCUCACACCGCUUCUGCAAGGGCACGGGUGGUGGCAUAUAUUCACCGGCGUCGGCGCUUACCAGCUUGUUGUCAGCAGUAGCUUCUUGAUGAUGUCGAUGAAAGAGUCGCCAGAGAACUUUGAGCUGCGCAAAGGCUCGCUGCUCGGUCUUGGAUGGCUUGCACCGACUGUCAAACGUGUCCACGAGUGGGACGGAGAGGUACCAACAACGAAGAACCAGUAGACGGGAGGGACUGACGAAAUGAUGUUGAUGGCGCUGGCGAUGAUUGAAUUCAGGCGCCGCCUGCUAUGCUGCACAGUAGCUACACUCUCGGAUAGAUUAGACAAGGGAACGAGGGAGAGAUUAUGUGUGAUGACUUGGCAGAGCUUAAACGGACUCUUUCUAGAUCGAGGGUCGAACAGAAAUUUUGCAAUUGCAUGCGUCUCUGAUUAGGGGUUUCAUUUUUCCUGAUUGCAUAAGGGCUUGGAAAAAUGAUUACAAUGGGCAACAACAUGAACGUCAUGCCGGUUUCAUGCUGCAACUUCAAAUACCAGCGGCACCUCCGGCAAGCUUGAUCUGC